AUGUGGUCGUGUCUAUUGCUUAUUUUAAAUAUUUACGGAAUCAGUUGUGAACCCGAAACAGUGAGAGAUAACUUUGAUUACUUUAGUUAUGGUAAUGAAGAGAGUAUUUUGAAAAAUCUCGAUCUUCAUGCGCCAAAAGACGAAAUCGUGUUACGGCCGCAGGAAGUAAAGGACUGGCCUCAACAAUCUUUGAAUGUAGGACAAAUAACAGCUGUCUCAAUAAAUUCCUUGGGACAACCCGUAAUCUUCCACAGAGCGGAAAGAGUGUGGGACGAAAGUACAUUCAAUGAAUCAAACGUCUACCAGAAUCUUGAUAAAGGACCAAUUAUAGAAGAUACAAUAUUAGUACUCGAUCCGCACACGGGAUCAGUGCUACAUAGUUGGGGUGCCUAUGCAUUCUAUAUGCCUCAUGGUCUUACUGUAGACCAUCACGAUAAUGUUUGGGUCACCGAUGUAGCGAAACACCAAGUUUUUAAGUUUACACCUAGUAACCACAAAUAUCCAAGUUUGACAAUAGGCGAGGCAUUUACAGCUGGCUACCCAUACAGGCAUCGUGUGUUACUUUGCAUGCCCACAUCAGUGGCAGUCGCAACAACAGGAGAGAUUUUCGUAGCCGAUGGAUAUUGUAACAACCAGAUUUUGAAAUUCAAUGCAGCUGGAACUUUACUGUUUGCCAUACCUUCAUUCUCCGACACAAUGACCUUGAAUCUUCCACACAGUGUUACGCUAUUGGAAAACUUAGAUAUAGUAUGUGUGGCAGAUAGAGAAAAUAUGAGAAUCGUUUGCCCAAAAGCGGGUUUGAAGAGUUAUAUUAAAAUGUUAGAACCUGCGACUGUUAUUGAAGAUCCGACAUUGGGACGUGUGUUCGCUGUAGCGUCUCACGGAGAUAUAAUAUACGCUGUUAAUGGACCAACUUCACAGAACAUCGCGAUAAGAGGUUUCACUGUUAAUGCCUUGUAUGGAAAUAUUUUGGAUACUUGGGAACCCAGUAACGGCUUUUCAAACCCACACUCUAUAGCAGUUACAAGGAACGGUUCCCAUCUUUACGUCACGGAAAUAGGACCCAACAAGAUAUGGAAAUUCGAACUUACCGAUGUAUAUGACAAGAAGUAGACAAAUUAUUUUAGAUACGCUUUCAUCGAAAUAUAAUUACGCUUAAACAGUAACGCGAAUUAAAUUCGCACUUUCCCACAUAAAUAGUACCUAUAAUUAUUUGAUCUAUAGAUUGUUGAUAAAAAUACAUAAGCUAUAACGAAUAUUCUAUUAGUGUACUAUUGCUAUUAAAAUAUAAAUAAUAUAUUAUACUACGAUAAUUA